AUUUAGUGCAACUGAGCAGUGCUAAUUAACAAGGGGAUUUUAGCUGAGAUACAAGGUGGCUGUGUUUCAGUUGUCGGAGGAAAGGCAUUAUGCAGGCAGUUGUGGGCCUUGUCUUACUAUGGGCUGCUUUGGCCUUAGCUGGGGAGAAAAGUCCUGCAGAGCCUCAGAUGGAGGCAAAGAGAGGGGGAAAUACAAAAUGGCAACAAAGUGUCCCCCAAAUUGAUGAGACGCCUGUUUGUUGAAGAUACCAUUCGUGAGAUUCUGCAUAAAGUGGACAAGGUUGGAGAAGCCGCUGAGAAGCUGACAGAUGCUGAAAUGCGGAGAGACGUUCUACUGAUACGAGAAAAGAUUAAAAUGAAGAUUAAGAGGUCACAGUUGGACCAUGACCAUCUUGCAGCAGCUAAUCAGCUUUUGGCCUUCAUCUUGCAAAAAAUGAGAGAUGGAAAAAUUACACUGUUUCAGGUCAAGCAUUUCAUAAAAUUUGCUCAGAGCAACAAACUAGAUAGACUCCUGGCCACAUGGGACAAGAACCUUUUAAAGAUAAAACCCAAUGUGUGACUGUAUCAGGAUUACACAACCUGAUUCCUUGCACUUUGCAAAUUGUGCUGCGUGUUCCCAUCAUUGAUGACUGAAUUAUAUAUUGACUAUGUAUCUGCUGGUAGAGUUCUAUGAAAAGAUGGGCUAGGAGAACCUCCUUGUACACCUGCAAUACUUUUUAUUCUUUAUAACUACAUUUUAAUAAACCUAAAAUCCUUUCAA